UCAUUAUUUGAAAAAUGUACAAGCAGGAUCAGUUUAUUUCAUAGGAUUAACAAAAAAAAAAUGGCAAAGGGACACCAAGGCAGAUGCUUUGGAUUCGUUCUCUUACUAUGCUUCUUUAGUUCAACUUUGGCACGCAGGGUUCUCAAGGAUCUCUCAAUGAUGGAGGCAAGAAAGCUAGAGAUGAACCAUGUUGUGAAGCCUGGGAUGGUUAGUUUGAGCGUGCAAGAUCAUGAGAUGUUCAAUGUAGAAUCUGAGCACAAAGUGAAGCCUGACCAUAAGCUGCAGUCCAUGCCGGGUGAACCGGAAGAGCCUGAGGACAAGAUCAUGCCUGAUUAUAAACUCCAGUCCAUGCCGGGUAAACCGGAAGAGCCUGAGGACAAGAUCAUGCCUGAUCGCAAAAUGCAAUCCAUGCCAGGUGAACCAGAGGAGCCUGAGGACAAGAUCAUGCCUGAUCGCAAAAUGCAAUCCAUGCCAGGUGAACCAGAGGAGCCUGAGGACAAGAUCAUGCCUGAUCGCAAAAUGCAAUCCAUGCCAGGUGAACCAGAGGAGCCUGAGGACAAGAUCAUGCCUGAUCGCAAAAUGCAAUCCAUGCCAGGUGAACCAGAGGAGCCUGAGGACAAGAUCAUGCCUGAUCGCAAAAUGCAAUCCAUGCCAGGUGAACCAGAGGAGCCUGAGGACAAGAUCAUGCCUGACCAUAUGCUGCGGUCCAUGCCAGGUGAACCAGAGGAGCCUGAGGACAAGAUCAUGCCUGAUCAUAGACUACGGUCCAUGCCGGGUGCACCAGAGGAGCCUGAGGACAAGGUCAUGCCUGAUCAUGAACUGCAACCCAUGUGGGGUGAGCUAGAAGAACCUGAUCCUAAAACUAUGCUCGAUCACAAAGAAAAGCCUGAUCAUAAAGUGCAGUCCCUGGCGAGUGAACCAGAAGAUCCUGACCAAACAGUUAAGCCUAUGGGGUAUGGUGAAGGUAGGGGCUAUGGAAGUGGCGGUGGAUAUGGAGAAGGCAUUGGCUCAAGCGGAGGCAGUGGAUAUGGAGAAGGCAUUGGCUCCAGUGGAGGCAGUGGCUAUGGAGAAGGAAGAGGAUCCGGGUCUGGCCAACCGAACUGUGGUCCUGUCUUUGGAGCUCCAGGUAGUGGAUACGGUGAAGGCAUUGGACAAGGUAGUGGUUCAGGAGAAGGGAUUGGUAUCGGUAUAGGAGGUGGCUCUAGUGGUAGUGUACCAAGUGUAGUUGUCCCAAGCAUAUCAAUCCCUCCCAUAACGGUUCCAGGCACACAGAUUCCCGGUUUUGUGAUUCCAGGGGUCAGGGUUAAUCCUGGUUAUGGUUCCGGGGGAUGCCAAACCGGUGGUUGCACCCCAAGCGUACCUUAUUACCGCCCUCCUAUAUACCAACAACCACCAAGCUGUUCCCAUUGUGCACCUUUCGUUUCAGGACAAGACAAGCACAUGUCAGACAAAGGAACCGUGGCUGAAGAAGCUCUUGCACCCACUUCAAACGAGAUGCUCGUCUAAGCUUUCAGUGUCCAUAGAAACACAAAAGUAUAAUAUAAUCUCACUCAUAAGGAUA